UUUCCAAGAUGGCGGCGGAGGGAGGAGGGAAGGAGAUGAACGAAAUUAAAACUCAAUUCACCACCCGAGAAGGCGUCUACAAACUCCUCACUCACUCCGAAUACAGCCGCCCGAACAGGGUGCCUUUCAACUCGCAGGGCUCCAACCCCGUCAAGGUCUCCUUCGUCAAUGUGAACGACCAGUCCGGCAACGGCGACAGGAUCUGUUUCAAUGUGGGCCGGGAACUCUACUUUUAUAUCUACAAAGGCGUGAGAAAGGCUGCCGAUCUUAGUAAGCCCAUAGACAAGCGGAUAUACAAAGGAACGCAGCCCACGUGUCAUGACUUCAACCCCAUCACAGCCACAGCGGAGAGCGUCUCCCUGCUGGUGGGCUUCUCAGCCGGCCAGGUGCAGCUCAUCGACCCAAUCAAGAAGGAAACCAGCAAACUCUUCAAUGAAGAGAGACUUAUAGAUAAGUCACGGGUAACGUGUGUACGAUGGGUUCCCGGUUCAGAGAGCUUGUUCCUGGUGGCUCACUCCAGCGGCAGCAUGUAUUUGUACAACGUGGAAAACACCUGCGGCACCACGGCGCCUCACUACCAGCUCCUCAAGCAGGGUGAAAACUAUGCUGUGCAUACCUGCAAGAGCAAGUCGGCUCGCAACCCGUUACUGCGCUGGACAGUGGGUGAAGGGGCGCUCAAUGAGUUCGCCUUCUCCCCAGACGGCAAGUUCCUGGCUUGUGCGAGCCAGGACGGCUUCCUUCGGGUGUUUGGCUUUGACGCCGCAGAGCUCCACGGGACAAUGAAGAGCUACUUCGGUGGCUUACUGUGCGUGUGCUGGAGCCCGGAUGGACGAUAUAUCGUGGCGGGAGGGGAGGACGACUUGGUGACGGUGUGGUCGUUUUCGGACUGCAGGGUGAUCGCACGGGGACAUGGUCACAAGUCGUGGGUGAGUGUGGUGGCUUUUGAUCACUGUACCACCAGCGUGGAGGACGGGGACCCCCCUGCUGAGUUCAGUGGUAGCGACGAGGAGUUUCACGAGCAGAUUCACUUUGGCGCGGGCAGAGACAGAGCGAACAGCGCUCACUCUCGGCUCUCUAAGAGAAACUCUACAGACAGUCGGCCUGUUAGUGUGACCUACAGAUUUGGCUCAGUGGGCCAGGACACCCAGCUGUGUCUGUGGGACCUAACGGAGGACAUUCUCUUCCCUCAUCUCCCUUUGUCCCGCACUAGGACUCACACUAAUGUUAUGAGUGCCACAAGCCCUCCAGCUACUGGACAAACUACGACUACUUCGACUACUACGACUACUACUACUGCUACUGCUACUACUACUACUACUGUAUCCACCACUAAUCCCACCAACGGUAAAGACAAUGGGAGCAAUAGUAGCACCAGUGGCAACCCAGCUAACUCCCUCCCCAGCACGCUGCCGCGGUCCAACAGCUUGCCACACUCCUCCAACCCGACAGGGGGCAACACGCCCAACAGCCACACGGGCAACAGCAGCAGCACCAAGGGCAACAGCAUCAUCGACAGCGCUUUCAUCGCCACUGGCGUCAGCAAGUUCGCAACGCUGUCGCUGCACGACUCGCGCAAGGAGCGCCACGAGAAGGACCACAAGCGAAACCACAGCAUGGGCCACAUCAGCAGCAAGAGCAGCGACAAGCUCAACCAGCUCAGCUCGUCGCGGACGGCGAAAGCGGAGGCGGCUAAGACUCUAGGCACGACGCUGUGCCCGCGCAUGGAAGACGUGCCGCUGCUCGAGCCGCUGGUGUGCAAGAAGAUCGCGCACGAGAGACUCACUGUGUUAAUCUUCCUUGAGGACUGUCUGGUAACAGCCUGUCAGGAGGGUUUCGUUUGCACAUGGGCUAGGCCGGGGAAAGUGGGACUGCUAUCAUCUCAAAACAACCCAGCCAACUCCCCCAGUGGAACAGUAGUAUAGCCCCAGUGCUGGUGCUGCUAAUGACAGCUCCAUGCAACAGAGACGGGGGGGAUGACCAAGGCCAAGGCCCCUGCAGCAGCUUCUUCACACACUGUCACACACCACAUGACCUCCAGUGUCACCUUCAUUCUCGUCACUACAACUACCCCAGAUGCUCUCUUUGUGUGUAGUCACCGACGUUUGGCCAAGCCAGGGUUAGAAACUUGACGCCCCUUUUGUGCGGGGGUUAAAUAACAAAGGGUGCUAUUGGAAGUAAGAUGGCAAGCUUUAAAUCGUCCAGGAGGUUUAUGAGAGGCAUCGACUGGUUCACAUUUCCAUCUUGUCUAGUCUGAAUAUAACAAACUCGAGUACCCAAUCCUUUGUGCCUGUAGAUCUGUAAAGACUAGAUGCCUCAACGUUUUCGUCUGGGUUGUAAUUCAGAUGUUUUUCCCCCAUAUUUUGUUUUUUCACACAUAAAGGGAAUAAGAAGAGGGAUUGUUUCAGAGCAGCAACGCAAAGUCUCUUUUCAUUUUUCACUUCCUGGGCGAUUCUCCUGCUCAAGAGAGCUUUUUACUUCCUGUACAAAUAUUUUAAAGGAAUAGUUCAGAUUUUUCAAACUGGGGUUGUAUGAGGUUGUUUUCCAUAGUCGGUGUGUUAACAUGCACAGUGCAACAUGGAAGAUGAAGCUGCGUUUCCAUCAAAAGAUUUUGGUGUAGUACCUUUGGAAACAAAAGUAACACAAACGAACAGAUACCUACACACUAGAUCUGUUUAGCGUUUCCUGCCUGUGGGCGAGGUUGUUGUCACCAGCGGCUUCGCCCAGCAGCAGUGGGUGUAUUUCCUUGUUCUCCGGUGAUUCAAGUGAAGUUUGCACCCUGUUUGUCUUCCACAGAACAGGACUGCAGGCUGGAGUUAGAGUCAACUGGAUAUCUAAAAAUAGCAGAUCCAAGCACUGACUCAGUGUCAGGUAAGAGCAGGGGUUUAGUGUUGCCGGUACGCAUAAGAACGAAUUUCUUUUAUACGCUUAAAGGUCCACUCAUUACUAAAAGUGAAUGUCAUCUAAGAGAGAUAAUAAAAAUAAAUGCAAUAAUAACAAUAAUAAUAAUAUAUUAUUAUUAUUUUAUUGGUCCUUAAAAAGUCAUGGAAUAGUUUUGAAAUAUUGUAUAAAAAAAAAUAAAACCGAUUUCUGAUGUGAAGCUGAAGCUGUUACAUCGCUCUCUUCAAAGCCAGACUCCAUUGAGAAAAACGAUAAUUUAACAUCUGUGAACACAGGAGCUUCUGGUCUGCUGCUGCCUCGAUCAGUUAUUUUGUUUGUGUUAUUGUGUGACUUAAGUGUUUAAAAGGGUCAGUUCAGAUUCACCAAAAUCACACAAUAACACAAACUAACUUACUAAAUGAAGCAGCAGUACACCAGCAGCUCUUGUAUUCAGUAAGAUAAAAUUACUGUUUUGCUAAAUGGAGUCUGGUGUCUUUGAAACUGAAGGAGAUUAUGGCUUUCCUUGUAGAAUAUAUCAAUACAGUGUACAAGAUUUUUUUUUUUUUUUAAAGCUGGGACUUCUUUUAAGUAGCUAAAAUAUGUUUUCUUGCCAGCCCCCAUCCACAGCAGUACAUUACUUCGCUUCUGCGUCAGACUCCAUCCUGCUUCUCCAAACUGAGAGCGUACCGACUGACAUAAACUGCUUGUAAUACACUGACUGUGGAUAAUUACCUUGUACAAUUCCACUUCAAGAAAACUGAACUAUCCCUUUAAUUAGUGGUAUCACACUUUAAAGUGUAUUUGCACAGAUUUUGUUUUUUUUUCCCAUUUUGAAUUCAUGGUGGUGGACACACAAGCAAAAGACAGCUUUGGAAGCACUUGGGGAAACGGCUCAUUAUUGCCCUCUGUCUCAACGCUGGAUGCUGCAAUCAUAGUUUUUUAUAUGGAAAAAAAAUUGUUUGCACUUAAUAGUUUGUUAGAGGAGAAUGGCUUUACAUUUUUGGAGUGUGUAAGGACUCCUUGACAAGGUUGAAAUAUAAAUAGAAUUAAAAGAAAAAAAAACCUUUGUAUCUAUUGAACAUUUAUUUUAAUAUUGUUUCAGAUGACAUGGGCUCUGUAUUAUAUGUAAAUAUUGUACUUCAAUGAUUUAUGGGUGAAAUGAUCAUUAUUACCUUAGAUCCUCAUUUCAGAAAAUAGUGAUAUUUCUAAUACAGAAGAUCUAUACCUAAUAUUAAAAAUGAUUCUUGAAUAUGCAGGUGUUUUUUUUCUGUUGUACAUAAAGAGAAUUCAGGUGUAUUUUUAUUAAUGAAACAUUUGGUAUAGGAGACGUCUAUAAAAUCCUCUUAUCUAACAGGUAGUGCUGAAUGCUAGCUCGCCUGUUGCUGCAGAUUUACUUUUUAGGCAGGUAGGCGCAGACGCAGCGGCCUCGUUCAGCCAUCACUCCGAGCUCAGGUAAACCACAGGAAGACUAACGCUGGCAUAGUUCCCCUCACUAGUCCCCAUCCAUCAACAUGUGUGUGAAUUCACUUUAACUAACAAAUAAGACUGACUACAUGUUCUGCAGAUGGGGCUGUCCUGUUUCUGUGAGUAAUAAUUUACUGAACUGAUGCUGAACUUGUGAACAAACACUUUUGACACUGUGUUGAAUACCGACUGACUUGACGUCAGCACUUGAUGAUGGUGUAAGUGCUUGAGGUGAGCGUGUUUUUACCCACAUAGGAAGACUGAGGAUAUUAACAGUGGGAGCCUUUUUCCUCCAUGUGACACCUAUUAAAAACAGCUUUGACAUAUUACAUGUUCCAUUUGUGUCGUUUUAUUAAGUGUGCAUACUCACCGCAUGAAUCGAUGUCUUCAUGUAGCUCC